UAGUGUUGUGUCGAAAUCAGCGGUCUGAAUGUUCUUUCUGAGUUUACCUAGCAGGCUGGUUGUUGUUGGAAACAUGGCGUCCCAGUACAGCCUCUCAGCUUUAUUUUCUAUCCAAAGUGAGCUGGAUUGCGCCCUAGAUGACGCUACGACACAACAAGAGAAAGAAAAUCUUGUCAUUGAGUAUUUGAAAAAGCUAGACAAGAGAGAGGAUCUGAAGAUACCCGAUUUCCAGACAGGCUUGGAAUGGCUGAACACGGAGGGACCUCUGUCUUUGAACAAGGAGCUGGCCGGUAAAGUGGUGCUGCUGGACUUCUUUACUUACUGCUGCAUCAACUGCAUGCACAUCCUUCCUGACCUGCACCAGCUAGAGAAAAAGCACUCUGCCAAAGAUGGAUUGGUUGUUGUUGGUGUGCACUCAGCUAAAUUCCCCAAUGAAAAGGUCCUGGACAAUGUCCGCAGCGCUGUGCUCCGCUAUGACAUCUCCCACCCAGUUGUGAACGACAGCGAGGCACACCUCUGGCAUGAACUGGAGGUGUCCUGCUGGCCUACACUGGUCUUACUGGGUCCACGUGGCAACCUGCUCUUCUCCCUGGUGGGCGAAGGCCACCGCGACAGGCUGGUGCUUUUUACUGACAACGCCCUCCGUCACUACGGGGAGCAAGGUCUGCUGAAGACACACACAGUGGGGAUCAAGCUGUACCGAGACUCCCUGCCACCCAGCGUCCUGUCUUUUCCUGGGAAGGUGGCCGUAGACAGCAGCAAGAAAAGACUGGCCAUAGCAGACACUGGGCAUCACCGAAUUGUGGUUGUGUCAUUAACUGGACAGCUUUUACAUGUUAUAGGAGGGCCUAAAACUGGGAGACAAGAUGGCAACUUGUCCCAAGCUUCCUUUAACUCACCCCAGGGUGUGGCUAUUAAAGGGGAUACCGUAUAUGUGGCCGACACAGAAAACCACCUGAUCCGAAAGAUAGACCUGUUAGAGGGAAGAGUCAGCACUCUAGCCGGAGUAGGAGCUCAAGGCACAGACAAAGAGGGUGGGUCCAUGGGACCUCAGCAGCCUAUCAGCUCUCCUUGGGAUGUGACUCUUGGCACUGCCGGCGGUGCUGAAGAUAACGUGCUGUGGAUAGCCAUGGCGGGGACCCACCAGAUCUGGGCUUUGUUCCUAGCAGAUGGGAAACUGCCCAAAGGAAGCGAGUCCAAGGCGGGGAUGUGUGUGCGAUGGGCAGGCAGUGGCAACGAGGAGAACAGAAACAACUCCUACCCCCAAAAGGCUGGCUUUGCUCAGCCUUCAGGCCUGGCUUUAGCCACAGAGGAGCCCUGGGGCUGCCUGUACGUGGCCGAUAGUGAAAGCAGCACCAUCCGCUCAGUGGCACUGAAGGACGGAGCCGUCAAGUUGCUGGUCGGGGGAGAGAGAGACCCACUGAACCUUUUUGCUUUCGGGGAUGUAGACGGGAAAGGGGUGGACGCCAAGCUGCAGCAUCCUCUCGGUGUUGCCUGGGCUCCUGAACAAAGCCUCCUCUAUGUAGCCGACUCCUACAACCACAAGAUCAAGGUGGUGGAUCCAAAGGUUAAGCAGUGUGGCACAUUAGCAGGGACUGGAGUGGCUGGAGACACUCUGGGCCCUGAAUUUCACAAAUCCUGCUUCAAUGAACCGGGGGGAAUCUGCGUUGGUGACAGCGGCAAACUUCUCUAUGUGGCCGAUACCAACAACCACCAAGUCAAAGUGUUGGACCUGUCCUCCAAGACUGUUUCACUGUUCCCCAUUUCCACAGACUGCACAGACUCAGUACCUUCAAAGCAUUCGGGUCCUGCCAAAGCCCCCACACUGCCCAAAUCAGCUGCCAGGAAAGAAAUGCCACCAGUGUCGGUGUCAGCAGGCCAGACUCUCGUCAUGUCGCUCACCCUUUCACUUCCAGAAGGAACCAAACUCACCGAGGAGGCCCCCAGCUGCUGGGCUCUCUCAGCUGAGGGUAACGAAUGGCUGCUAGAAAGUCCGGUGAUCACUGGUGACAUUGUGGAUCUGUCGAAGCCCCUCUCCAUAUCAGCCAAACUUCCAGCUGUUAUAAAGGACUUAAACAGCAAUCCAAGCCUCACUUUGGGUGUAUGGCUGUAUUACUGUAUGGAAACAAGUAAAUCUUGUAUGAUGAAAGCAGUCUCCUUCACCCAGCCUCUUCAAAUAAGUGCCAAUCAUGGAGAGGAAGAAAUCACUGUGGCGUUUGCUCACGCCUUCUAAAACCUCGUACCUGUCUUAGUCACAGAAUCUACACUUUCUGUCAGUUUUACUUUGCAGCCCAGCUAUCACCCCAGCUCCUGUUUUGUUCAUACUUCUUGAAGAAGAAAACAAAGAUUGUCUCUGACAGUCAUUUGGACAAAAAGCAAUUCAUAUAAACCUGAUUUUCAGGGGAAUUUCAUUUCAAACUACUCAGAAGCCCUUUUCAAAAAACAUAAUGCAUCAGUGCUUAAUACUCUUGAGUGUGAGUGACAGUUAUUGAUAAGAAUACAAAUAGUUACAUCUAGGUAUGUUAUAAAGGCUGAGGCAAAUAAAACUCCAGCCUAAAAAUCCAUAUCUAUAUGAUGAUAUAUUUACAGUAUGCAACACAUUCCUACAAGAACAGGCUGAUUACCUGUAAGAAAGCUGACCCCAGUAGUCUUGUUUCCAAUCAGUUACCUUAUAAAUAAAACAGUGCUAUAAUUCAGAAAAAAAUUAUUCUGUGGAUUUAUUAAGAAACUUCUAAUUGACAGGUGGUGAUGAUGGGGUCAACAUUUGAUAGACAAACAGAUUUUCUAUCAUUUAAUGAUGUGUUGGAGGAUUAAAAAUAUUGAAAACAAAGUAGAAGCAGAAACCACAAAAUCCCUUUUUCACCCACCAGAAGUAAUUAUUGUUACAAUUUCUGCUUUUGAAAAAUAAGUUUAGGCCUUCUAUUUGUGUUUGAAACUGUUCUUCCAGCCCAAUAAGAAUUUACAUAUUUUUUUCAGAGAUUUAUUCUGCCUUUGCUCGAAUAACAUUUCUUUAAAAUGUUCAUAUCAUAUCUUAUCGAAACUUAAGUCUUGAGAGGAUGAGGAGAAGUUAUCUAUGCAGAGACCCCGAUUCUUAUGAUCAAUAAUAUGUUAGAAACACGCCAGUAUUAAAUCCCAUCUUCUCUUUAAAUUU